AUGGCGUCUGUCGAACACAAGGUCGCGCUGAUUGUCAUCGAUGGCUGGGGUGUUGCGGGCCCCAACUCGCCGCCCGAGGGUGAUGCCAUUGCUGCCGCUGAGACCCCAUACAUGUCUGGGUUCGCCGAGCCCAACUCCAAGACCGCCCAGGGCUAUACCGAGUUGGACGCUUCCUCAUUUGCCGUGGGUCUUCCCGAGGGCCUCAUGGGUAACAGCGAAGUCGGUCACCUGAACAUUGGCGCCGGUCGUGUGGUCUGGCAAGACAGUGUUCGCAUCGAUCAAACUCUGAAGAACGGCGAGCUGAACAAGGUCGACAACAUCGUGAAGGCCUUCACUCGCGCCAAGGAGGGCAACGGUCGUCUGCACCUCUGUGGUCUCGUUUCCGACGGUGGUGUUCACUCCAACAUCACUCACCUGUUCGGUCUGCUCGAUGUCGCCAAGGAGAUGCAGAUCCCCAAGGUCUUCAUCCAUUUCUUCGGUGACGGUCGUGACACUGACCCCAAGAGCGCCGCCACCUACAUGGAGCAGCUGCUCAACAAGACCAAGGAGAUCGGUGUUGGUGAGAUUGCCACCGUUGUGGGCCGUUACUUCAUCAUGGACCGCGACAAGCGCUGGGAGCGUGUUGAGAUUGGCAUGAAGGGCAUGGUCACUGGCGAAGGCGAGGACAGCUCGGACCCCAUCAAGACCAUCAAGGAGCGCUACGAGAAGGGAGAGACUGAUGAGUUCUUCAAGCCCAUCAUUGUCGGUGGACAGGAGCGCCGUGUGCAAGAUGACGACACCCUCUUCUUCUUCAACUAUCGCUCGGACCGUGUCCGUGAGAUCACCCAGCUUCUGGGAGGCUACGAUCGCUCCCCCCGCCCCGACUUCCCUUACCCUAAGAACAUCUCCCUCACCACUAUGACUCAGUACAAGACCGAUUACACCUUCCCCGUGGCGUUCCCUCCCCAACACAUGGGUAACGUUCUUGCAGAGUGGCUCGGCAAGAAGAACCUGCAGCAGUGCCAUGUGGCCGAGACUGAGAAGUACGCUCACGUUACUUUCUUCUUCAACGGCGGUAUUGAGAAGCAAUUCCCCGGAGAGGUGCGCGAUAUGAUUCCCUCUCCCAGGGUGGCCACCUACGAUCUCGACCCCAAGAUGAGCGCUGCUGCCGUCGGUGCCAAGAUGGCGGAGCGCAUUGGUGAGAACAAGUUCGAUUUCGUCAUGAACAACUUCGCUCCCCCUGACAUGGUGGGCCACACUGGUGUGUACAAGGCUGCGAUUGAGGGUGUUGCCGCCACGGACAAGGCUAUUGGCGAGAUCUACGAGGCUUGCAAGAAGAACAACUACAUCCUGAUGAUCACCUCCGACCAUGGUAACGCCGAGGAGAUGCUCAACGAGAAGGGUACCCCUAAGACUUCUCACACCACCAACCUGGUUCCUUUCGUGAUGGCCAAUGCCCCCGAGGGCUGGAGCCUGUCCAAGGACGGUGGUGUGCUCGGCGAUGUCGCACCCACUGUCCUUGCAGCCAUGGGCAUUGAACAGCCCAAGGAGAUGACUGGAAAGAGCCUGUUGGUAAAGGCUUAA